CCAGGCAGAAAAUGUCAAUACACAGAUGACAGUAGGAAAAAAGUCAUUUUUGCAGACUCCUUUUGAAAAUUAACAUAAUUAUUUACUCCCUAUAAAAGCAUGGUCAUUUCGUAGUUUAAGGCUGGACCAUUUUAUGGUUAUAAAAUGGCAACCAUGGAUGUACGUCCGAAGAUGUUGCAAGGUCGAGAGCGUCCUGCAUUUAAACAUAAGCAACAUACACAGAAAGCAUUUGAGGUUCUAAACCAGCUGAGAAGAGAAAAUCUGUUGUGUGAUGUUGUAUUGAUUGCAGCAGACACUGAAAUCCCUGCCCACAAAGUAGUUCUGUCAUCAUGUACUUCAUAUUUCUAUGCCAUGUUUACACAAGAUCUAGCAGAAGCAAAAGCAGAGAGGAUUACGCUACAAGAAAUAGACCCUAAAGCUCUGGUGCUUCUCAUUGACUUUGUUUAUACUUCUGAAAUUCAUGUUACAGAAGAAAAUGUUCAGACCUUACUGCCUGCGGCCAAUAUAUUACAGAUGACAGAAGUUAGGGAUGCAUGUUGUGAUUUCCUACAGUCUCAACUACACCCAUCAAACUGUCUGGGUAUACAAGCUUUCUCUGACCUUCAUGCAUGUACAGACCUUAAAAACUAUGCUCAGACAUACACUGAGCAACAUUUUGUUGAUGUUGUACAUUACGAUGAAUUCCUGUCUCUACCAUGUGAGAGUGUAUGUAAACUGAUCUCGAGUGACAGACUUACUGUAAUAACGGAAGAACAGGUUUAUGAGGCUGUAAUUUCAUGGGUCCAGCAUGACAUAUCAAAUAGGGAACAAACUUUAUCAGAACUUUUAGAAAAUGUGCGAUUUCCUUUAAUGACACAGGACUAUCUUGUACAAAAAGUUGAAGAGGAACAAAUGAUUAAAACUAGUAGUCGAUGUAAAGACUUUCUUAUAGAGGCUAUGAAAUAUCAUCUAUUAAAAACAGAACAAAAAGCUAUAUUUAAAACACCAAGAACAUUACCAAGAACUCCUCUAGGAUUACCAAAGGUUUUAUUAGUUAUUGGAGGUCAAGCACCAAAAGCUAUUAGAAGUGUAGAAUGUUAUGAUUUCAAGGAGGAAAGAUGGUAUCAAUUAGCAGAAAUGCCAUCACGUCGAUGUCGAUGUGGAGUUGCGGUUGUGAAUGGUUUAGUCCAUGCUGUUGGUGGGUUUAAUGGUAGUUUACGAGUAAGAACAGUAGAUGUUUAUGAUCCUGUUAAAGAUAUAUGGUCUGCUUGUCCCAGUAUGGAAGCAAGGAGAAGUACAUUAGGUGUUUCUGUAUUAAAUGGUCUUAUAUAUGCUGUUGGUGGUUUUGAUGGGUCUUCAGGUUUAGACACAGCUGAGUGUUAUGACAUAAGAACUGGUGAAUGGAGAACUAUAUCUAACAUGAGUACAAGGAGGAGUAGUGUUGGUGUUGGGGUUGUGAAUGGAAUGUUAUAUGCUGUAGGUGGAUAUGAUGGAGCAUCUAGGCAAUGUUUGAGUUCUGUUGAGUGUUAUAAUCCUUUAACAGAUAAAUGGAUUCCUGUCAGAGACAUGUCAUGUAGAAGGAGUGGAGCUGGAGUAGGUGUAGUCGAUGGCACUCUGUAUGCUGUGGGUGGUCAUGAUGGGCCUUUAGUAAGGAAAAGUGUGGAGAUGUAUGACCCAGAAACUAAUGACUGGAAACAUUCUGGUGACAUGCAUCUUUGUCGAAGAAAUGCUGGUGUAGUGUCAAAUGGUGGUUACUUAUAUGUUGUUGGUGGCGAUGAUGGAUCUUCAAAUCUUGCUUCAAUAGAAUGUUUUGAUCCUAAAACAAAUUUAUGGACACUACUUAGUGCAAGUAUGAUGACAGGGAGGAGUUAUGCUGGAGUGACUGUUAUAGAUAAACCAGUCUAAUAAUUAUAGAUAAACCUGUCUAGGAGCAGCUGUUUAUUUUCCAUUGUAAUACCACAGUAGUAAAGUUGAACUAGUAAGAAUUCUUUUAGCAUUAUUCAGCAUAUCAAUUAAUGUUUCAAAAACUGGUUAUUUCCCUUUGAACAUUCAUAACUUUCUUUUUAAUAUAUUUGAAAAAUAUAUUUAUAGAUCCAGAUCUGAAACACACAUUUUGACAAAUAUAUAAAACAAAAAUUAGUUCAUAUAGCUUUCGGUUCGGUGUGAGCCAAGGCUCUGUGUUGAAGGCCGUACUUUGACCUAUAAUUGUUUACUUUUUACACAUUGUGACUUGGAUGGAGAGUUGUCUCAUUGGCACUCAUACCACAUCUUCUUAUUAGUCCCUUACCGACGAAGUCGAAGGGGACUUUAGGUUUGCACUCUGUCUGUCUGUCUGUCCAUCCGUCAGUCCGGCAAAUCAGUUUUCCACACUCUAUUUCUUCAUGCUUGAAGAUAUUGACUUGAUAUUUGUUAUAUAGUUUACACCACGACAAGUUAUAGAUCAGUUAGCAUUUUGUUCCAGAACAAUGAAUUUUUAACUGUAAGGGGACUAUGUAUUGCCAUGCAAUACUCUUAGAAUGCUUGUUUCUAUCGUGUUGACUUAAAAUGGGAACUUGAAUUAAAUAAAUUACAGUAAUUACCUUAAUCUUUGAAUCUUUCCAACCUUAAAAAAUUAAUUGUUUCAAAUAGAGUUAAUUUGAAUGAAAAUUCUGUAUAUACUAUCUACUAAACUUUUAAAUAUAUUCAAAGUUAUAAACUAAACAAAUAUAAGAACAUGUUCUCCACUAAAUAGUUUGCCCUAUAGAACCUAAUCAAGACAUAGUGCAAUAUUUUUAGGGGCUUUACCCAAUAAGUUUGUUAUAACUCAUCGUAUAGAAUCUUUUUAUAAAGGCAUCGCACAAUAGUUUGAGGGCUUUUUCCCAUAAUUUUGUUAGACAGCUAAGCCAUAUAUAUAACAUGUAAAAAGAACCAUGAUUGAAUAUGAUUGGCAGCAGAAAAGAAAAACUGAAUUGUUCCAACCUUUGAGUCAUUGAGGUUAGGAAAUGUGAAAUAAAAAUUUGGUAAGGGAUGGGGGCACUAGUUACCCUCUUAUCUGCACAUAAAAAAGUAAAAUUUCUUCUCUUGAUUCAAGGCUAUAAAAAAUAAUCAACUUUUUUUUUAAACUUUACCUCAUUUUCAUAGAUUUUUGUUUCAAGAUUUAAAUUUUGUCUGUUUCUUCUAGUCAUUUAAAAUUUCUAUUGCUGUACUUUUGAUCUUCAUACAGCACAAAAGGCUUGUGUGACCUAUUUCAACCAUUUGGCAUAUUAUAUAAUUCAUCUAUCUGUGGUUAUGUCUGUGAAAAAUGUUCUCUCUGAAACUACUGGACCAUUUUUUCCCAAUCUGCAUGAAUCUUACUUUGAUGAACUAACAUAGCUGUCAUUUCUAAUGAGAAGAACAUAGGAGUUGAACUGUAAUCAAGGUUUAAAAAAUCAAAGAGUAUUUUUUUUUAAUGGUUUCCUUUUUGGAAAUAUGUUUGAUAAGCCCUUUGAGCCAACAAUAUGGAUACUGUUACUAUAAUUAGAAAAUAAUGUGAAAAAAUAAAUAUCCUUGAAAUAAUUCAUAUGACUUGACUAAAUGACUCUGCUAGGUAUCCCCAAAAAAACCUUCACAGGCCUCUGGUUUAUGCAUUUAAAUUUUUUACCUAGGCAUGUUUAAACCACUGUUGUCCAAAUUACUUUAAGUAUUUGUUGUGAAAAAUUUCUCUGAUUCAGUCAGUAUUAUGCUUAGACCAAGAUAGAUUAUAUAGACUAUAGGUUUAAUGCACAAUUAUAGUAGUAAACAAAAAUAUGAUUUUUGUCAAUAACCUUUAAAUUAGUUUUCUUUUUACAUUAUUUUGUAUUUAGCUGCAGUGUUCAAUGUAUUUAUUUAUCUGUGAUUGUAAAAGCUCAUUGUGAUAAAUUUGUUUAUUUUUUGUAUGUGACAAAUGUAAUUUUCAAUAGAAAUUAUUAUAAAAUAUUGAUAGCAACAUGAUAUAUAUACUGUGUAUUUUUUUAUUUACGUAGUAACAAUUUACAUGGAUUGAGAAUAACUUGCAUUUUCCUGGAUAUCUAGAUAUUUCAUGGUUUUGCAAUAAUCUGCAUAUAUUCCUAUAGAACAUUUUUAUACUCCCGCUUUAAAAAAGUGGGGGUAUACGGUUUUACCUCUGUCUGUCCAUCCGUCGGUCCAUCCGUCAGUCCGUCUGUCCAAUGAAUAUUUUUCAUCGCAUCUUUCUCAGGAACUACAUUACAAGGAUUUCUGAAAUUUGGUUUCAGGGUUUAUAUGAGUCAGCUAUACCGUGUGAUGCGUUUUAAGAUUCAUCACUCAACAACUUCCUGUUUACCUUAUACUUUUAGCGGGGCGGGGUAUCAUUAGUGAGCAGUAGCUCACAGAUUCACUUGUUUAAUUUGUUAAACAUUUAAAUUCAAGGUCCUACUGUUUCCACGAAAUCCACAAAAAUUGGUAUCUAACGAAUAAUAAUGAGUCCACAGUAUACAUGUAUUAUGUUUAGAUAAAGACUUGAAUGCAUAUUUUGGACUUCCAGAUUUGUAGCAAGAUGGUAAUUUUUGUCCUGUAUAAUCUAGUUGAAUAGUUGAAUUAUUAAACUAUUUAGUAAAUAAAUUGUUUUUUUUUAAUUUUUUUUUUAGAACUAGAUUAUACCACAUAAAAUUUGAAUAAUGGUUGUACUUUUACUGACGACUGUUACAAAUUUGGGAAUUGAGGUAAUAAAAACUAGAGUUGGCUUCCAUUGUGUGAUUAACUUACCCAGGUUUUACAUUAGAACGUUAGUGGAUUUACCAAGACAAAACCACAUAGAAGUGCAAUCUUAUUUUAUUUAUUUUAUUUAAUUGCUGUUUAGUUAAUAUGUUUUCAACUAUAGGUCAUCCACUAGUAUAUAAGAAAUUAUUUAUAUUAAAUUACUUUUGUCGGUUAGAUAAUUGUGCGCUUUUUUUUAGAAUGAAUGAAUGGUUGUGAGUUCAUUUUGUGUUAAUAUUAAAAUUAAAAUGUAUGAAGUAUUUUCAAAAAAUAAAUUGAUAGACCAUGUGAACACAUGCAGUUUGUAAGCUAAAUGUAUUCAUUCUUAUUCUUUAUUUCUUUAUUAUUCAAAAGAUGAGGAAGCCUGUCCAUGUUAUACAUGUGUACACAGUAAUUUUAUUAGUUAAUAGUGUUAAUAAUCAAGAUCAGAAAGAGACCGCUGCUUUGAGUUUUGAAAAUGCAAAAAAUAGAUUUUUGGAAAGUAUUAAAUCUCAUAGGGCUAUCAAUUUCAUAGGAUAUCAAUGUCCCUUAACACUGUAAAACUCAAAUUCCAACUAUUGGUAAUGUUACAACUCUGUCAAGUUUUUAAGAGCUUGUGUUCCUAAAAAAUGUCGGUAGUUCACUAAAAUUGAUGAAUACAUAAAUGAAAUCCCUUCAGAGUACAUUAAACAUUUGUAUCUGUGUCUACUAUCACCAUGAUACAGACAUUUGUAUCUGUGUCUACCAUGAUUCAGACAUUUGUAUCUGUGUCUACCAUGAUUCAGACAUUUGUAUCUGUGUCUACCAUGAUUCAGACAUUUGUAUCUGUGUCUACCAUGAUACAGACAUUUGCAUUAUUAAAAACUUAUUUCAAAAUAAAGAAUAUUACUGUUAUUCCUUAAUUCAUAUUCCAACAUUAAGAAAAUACAAUGUGUUUAAAUAUUAGAUGUGGUAAGAUUGCCAAUAAAACAACUACCCACCAUAGUCCAAAAUGACAUGGAUAUAAGCAACUGUUUUUAACAGAUACCACAUUAAUUUCAUGAGGAUCAACCAUCCAAUCAUGUUGUUGGAAUUAUUUCUGACGGUCUUGAUUGAAAAAUGUUGACAAGGACUAUAUAUUUUCAUGUUAAUAAUUUAUUAAAAUGAAUAAAAUCAAAACAUUUAGGCAUUUAUAUUGUUAAGUAAAAAUAUAGAAAACAAAUAUUUUUCUUAUUAAAAUUUACAGAAUUUUAAGUUUAAGUUUUUAAAUACAUUUAUGAAAAAGGCAUGCAGAACUUUUUUAUUAUGGCUUUCCCUCUGAAUAUGACAUAAUAAAAGUUUUGAGAAAUAGAGGGGUGUUGAAUAUGAUUUUUGCACCAUAAUGAAAAUAAAGGUGAAAAUAAAAGUGAGACAAAAACUUUCCUACUAUAUUAUAGAAAGACUAAAUUCAGAAUUAUAGGAUAUUUAAAUAUCUUGGUUCAUAAUGUGUACUAUAAUAAUUUUAUGAAAACUUUAGAUGAAUAAUUCAUUUUGAGAUUUGGUGUCAGAAUGCAGAAUGCAGAAUUUUAAAUUACUUCAUUCGAAAAAUGUAUAAAAUGUACCCAAUGUGCUUCCAGAUUUAAUCUAUCUGUUUCUAUACUGAUGUCAAAGAGAAAAAAAACAUUAAUACAUACUCACAACAAUUUGCUUGUGAUUUUGAGAGUGAUGACAUGUGAAGAGUGAUUUUGAUGACUAUGCUGUGUUUGUAAUUUAUUGUCUAUAUAAGUAGAACAUACACAGAAUUUUUUGUUUGUAAUGCAUUUACCACAUAUUGGUAUAAGUGCUAUUAUUUAUGAAAUAAAAAAAGUGAAACAAAAA